UAAGCAUGCCACAUCCAUCCAGCGGCGCAAUCAGAUAUCGUUCAGUUACUGCCUCUCUUCGCGGCGAGUAGGCCUACAUCCUAUGUGAUAUGGAGCAUUGUGGCCUUAAUUAAAUGGGGAAAUUGACGAGCUAUAUAAUUUCUUAUUACUCAUUUUUGUAGAGAUGCCACUCCAUUAGUGGGUGUGCGUCAAAUAUACGUUUUCUCCAAAUAGGACAAAGGACGCGCGCUACAAUAAUGGCCACGUACAGCUGUGCUGAUACUGUUUCAAAUCUGCCCGUUCAUUGUCGAAGUCACACUGUUGGAUUGAUGUUAACAGUCGCCCGUGUCGUUCCUCAAUUCGGAAUGUAAGGACUGACCACGACUUUUGUGGACUACAGCAAAAGUAAUAUCACAGAAAGAUUGGAAUAGUCUGCGGGUGGAAUCUUUCAUAAGGCCUGUUAGCGACGCUGGCUGGGCUUGGCCACUCCUCCCCAGUCUCUCCCCCUCCUUCACCCUCCCCUUCUACUCAUUCUCUCCUGCUGCUGCCACCACCAUGCCCUCUGUCCCCUGCUGCACCACCUAUCCUGUGGAAAGUGCCUGUCCGCCCCGGUAGGAUGCUCGAGUCGCCCUGCCGUGCCCUGCGCCCCCUCCUGCCCGCCUCCACCACUACCAACGCCGUUACCUCCUCCUCCGCUGUGACCUCUCCUCUUGCCGCCGCCCCGCCCCCCGAUGGCGUCGUCCCCGCGCUCCGCCAUGGAUGAGGAUGAGGUGAGCGAAGUGAUCAGCACCAACGCGCUGGCCUGGCUGGUGUGCUCAGCCGUGUCCAUCCUGGCCAACGCCUGGGGCAUCCUGAGCGUCAGCGCCAAGCAGAAGAAGUGGAAGCCGCUGGAGUUCCUCAUCUGCACGCUGGCCGGCACGCACAUCCUCAACAUGGCCAUCCCCAUCACCAUGUACUGCGUCAUCACCCUGCGCCGACAGCACUCCAGCUACCAGUGGAACGAGGGCCUGUGCAAGGUGUUCGUGUCCACCUUCUACACCUUGACACUGGUCACCUGCUUCUCAGUCACCUCACUCUCCUACCACCGCAUGUGGAUGGUGCGCUGGCCCGUCAACUACAGGUUGAGUAAUACCAAGAAGCAGGCGGUGCACACGGUGAUGGGCAUCUGGAUGGUGUCCUUCAUCCUGUCCACGCUGCCCGCCGUGGGCUGGCACGACACCAUCGACCGCUUCUAUGCCCGCGACUGCCGCUUCAUCGUCACAGAGAUCGGCCUGGGCUUCGGCGUGUGCUUCCUGCUGCUGAUCGGCGGCAGCGUGGCCAUGGGCAUCAUCUGCAUCGGCAUUGCCCUCUUCCAGACCUUCGCCAUCCACGCGGGCCACAAGGCCGACAAGAACAAGUUCAACGUGCCCACCAUUGUGGUGGAAGACGCGCAGGGCAAGCGGCGCUCGUCCAUCGACGGCUCGGAAUCGCUCAAGACCUCGCUGCAGAUCACCUACCUGAUCAGCGGCAUCGUCUUCAUUUAUGACUUCCUCACCGGCUUCCCCAUCCUGGUGGUGAGCUUUGCCAGUCUGAAGUACGACCGCUCCUACAGCUGGAUGGUGCUGUGCGUGCUGUGGUGCUCCAUCGCUCAGUCCAUCCUGCUGCCCAUGUUCCUGUGGGCGUGCGACCGCUACCGCGCAGACGUGCGCAUGGUCUGGGAGAAGUGUGUGGCCAUCAUGUCCAACGACGACGUGGACGAAGAAAACAGCCAAGAUGGAGGAAUUCAUGCGGACUUAAUAUAUGACAGACCAUAUGACUAUAGCUCCGCGGCUGAUAUCAUGACGGUAGACCGUAUUGCCAAGUACGAAUUCUCAACCUUAGAAAUGGGGGUCCCACAAGGGUAUCCAUUGCAACUACAGGAAGAUAAAAUGCAGUAUUUGCAGGUACCCCCUACAAGAAGAUUCUCCCACGACGAAACCGACAUGUGGACCAGCGGCCAGAUCCCCUCCUACCUACACCACUGGGGCUCCACGGAGGACGUGAUGGGGUUGGUCCAUUACAACUCCAGCUUGCCACGCCACGAGAGGCGCAGGAGCAACCCGGUCUCCUACCACGAGGAGAGCCACCCGCACCGCAAGCGCCGGCGCUCAGAGGAUAGCGGGCACAUGCUCAAGCAGCUGCCGCGGGUGAGCGGUGGCGAGCGCUACGAGGAGGCGGAUUUGCGCUGCUUUAGCCGCGACGAGGUCAUCAACUUUAUCGAUGAGACCCCGCUUCCCAGUCCCAUGAAGAGCCCACGCCGCACCUCCACCAUUUCCCUCAUCCCAGACGUCUACGAGCAGCACAUCAUCUUGUACCCGCAUUUCCCGCUCACCGAUUUUGAGCGUGAGCCCCAUGCCCUGCGGCGCCUCUCGCAGCAUGGCAGGAGCUGUAGUCGGGGAGGGUCACCAGAUGGCUCACACAGGGCAGACAGGGCGUGCGGUGGGGAAAGCUCCAGGGCAUGCCGUUCAGGUUCCCUCCGUGAGCACCGGCGGGAGGGGAAGCACCAAGGCGAACUAGUCCCCACGGGGCAAAGCCUGCGGACUGGGGAGCACUCGUCUCACAGGCCCAGCAGGACAGGAGCCCACAGAGCUGGGCCCGACUGGGGGGGACACAAGCACCUAACUACGGGAGACAGUAAAGGGAGCACAAAUAGUUUUAUAAGCUCACCUUCUGCAUCAGCCUCGGGAUAUAUCACAUUUCACUCAGAUUCCAUAGGAUCUGCCACCUAGAUAGAGUAGAGAAAGUUUUUAUUGUUAAUAUUAUUAGUAUUAUUAUUACAGAACCAUGGCAUUGGGGUGGUGGAAAGAUUUCAUACUGGUAAAUCCUAAAUAAUGGUUGAUUUUAUUCAAUCACACUAAACUCCCAAAGCUAGGACUUAUACUCUGUUUUAUUGGCCUUAAAGCUUUGUACACAUUUCAUGACCUGCCUACCUUUGCUUUAGUACCUGGUAGGCUAGACAACGUAGCAACUUUGAAAGAGGCUGUGCAAUUCCUGGGAGGCAGUGAGCUCCACCACAUAGUGACUCAAACACCUUGCUUUUAGUAAACCCAUACUAACGUCUCCUUUUAAUCCUGUGCAUAUUCCACUCUUUUGUUUUGUGUCAUUUCUUGUAUGAGGAUUGGGGGGAAAUUGGUAUUUUGAUAUUUUUGUUGCACUUCAAAAUCUCAGAUAUUGUAUAAGGUGUUAUGAGAUGAGAGGGCAAGGCCAAAACAUGCCAUGUUCAUUUUUGUUGUGGUUAUGACGUGUCUAGUUGAUGGAUGAUAAUUUGCUAGAUUUUUGAUCAAAAUAAACAAGGAAGAGAGGGAAUGUUUUUAGGAAAUAUACACAACUUUAUUUCUUCAUGAAGGAAGCCCUCUGAUGUUGUGUUGUGGCCUACCGUUAAAUAUCCUAUACAAAGACAUUAUUGCAAUUGCCUCACUUCAGUGUAAUUUUCUACAUGGUUGUGUAAGAAGAAUUUCUACCAUGACGUCCCUUAGACACAUUGAAAAAGUUAACUCGGCGUGGAGUGGAUGUGAGGUGUACGUAAUGAAAGUUACAGGUACAUUGGAUGUAUGGUUUGGUGUGCUCCUCGUUCUUUCAUCGAGGAUUUGACUGGGAUGUUUUCUUGUUUCCUCUUAUAAAUACUGUCAUUCGAUAUUUAUGAUUACAAAUGUGUAACAGUGGUCAGCACACGCACAGAUAUUCAUGCAGACAUACAUAUUACGAUAUACAUCAGCCGUUAACAGUAGCUUAACCUCACAAAUGGUGCUUGACACUUGGCAGCAGAGUGUUGGUCGAUCUGUAUAUCUCUAGAUUGGCCCCAGUGGCCCUUUUAGGAAGCACCAGGAUGUGCAGAAGAAAAUCCUCCAGACCAGGGGUGCAUCUCAAUAGUCUGAAUUGGUCUCCAAGCCUCCUUGUCUCCUCUCUAUCGGCACAGAUAUCAAAUGAUAAGGUAAGUCUUGCAAUCAGCUUACACCUUUCCCAUUCUUUCAGCUCAGUGAGGAUGAGGAAAGGAGACAAGGAGAGGGAGUCACUACACAAUUGAGAUGCACCCAAUUGCUCAUGUCCAAAACAUCUGCCAUAUCCCAAUUUGAAAGAUGUAACUCAGACAUUCACAUAAAUCAGUCAUUGAUGUCAAUGUGAUAUUUGUGGGAGGUAAAAUUAUGCAUGCAGAUCUCAAAUUAGGAUUAUGCCUCCUUUUGCCUGAGCUGCUUCUAAAUAGUCUAAAAUAGUGUCUGUUAAAAAGGAUGAGGGCCACAUUCAGUCCAGGAUGGAGCUCUAAUCUGCUACUGGCACAUGCUUGAACCAUAGAAAUAGAAUUCCAUGUCAGUCAUAUUAAGGGUACAGUCAAACUGCAAUGGUCUGAGGGUCGUACCCGUUCUAGGGAUUCUAUUUCUAUUGCUUUAACUGUGACCAAUCAGUGAAUCUGGAUCGAAGGACCAUGAAUAGAAGUACAGGUUCUCUGGGUGACCUCGACGAGAACGAGGUGCUUUUACAGAGAAUCUUUGACAUGCCAGAGGGUGUCCAGUAAGAAGUGAAGCCAAGCACGGCUGAAGGAACGUGAAUAGUGUUCAUUAAAUUCACCACCACCAAUGCA